CCAUCAGAAAAUGGUAAUGAAAAAGAAAAGAAAAAACUUCCAUUAUUAACUAAUCUCUCAUUUCAUUCAUUCUAAAUCCCACCUUCGUUCUUCCUUCUCCUCAUUUCUCUAAUCUCAACCACCCAAUUUCAUCUCUCUGUUCAUCCAAUUUUUCAAUCCCUUUCUUCCUUUUUUCUUCACAUUUUCUCAAUACCCUUUUCAUUUCUUCCCCCAAUUCGCCGAUUUUAAUGGCGGAAUCCUCUUCCCCUUCAAAACCCAUCAUUACAUUUUGAUUCUCUUUCGAUUUAAUUAAUACCCAGUUGCAGAGGUUUUGUUUAUUGUAAGAAAAAAUGGAGUUGGAUGGCAUCGAAGGUGUGCCAUCCAUGGAUGUGAUGGACGAGGAAGAUAAGACCCUUCAACGUCACUGUCAGUUUCCUUCGAUUUCCAAGCCUCGAAUCCAUAAUAACGACAAUCCCACAACCACAAGUGUCCAUGAGCUUCUUGAAUGUCCCGUUUGUACCAAUUCUAUGUAUCCCCCAAUUCAUCAGUGUCCGAAUGGGCAUACCCUCUGUUCUUCAUGUAAAACAAGGGUAGACAACCGUUGCCCGACUUGCAGACAAGAGCUCGGUGAUAUCAGAUGUCUAGCAUUAGAAAAAAUAGCUGAAUCACUUAAACUGGCUUGUAAAUUCUGCACAUUUGGGUGCCAGGAGAUAUUGCCUUACUACAGCAAACUCAAACACGAAUCUGCCUGUUACUAUAGACCAUAUAUCUGUCCUUAUGCUGGAUCAGACUGCCCAGUUGAUGGGGAUAUCCCUUUCCUUGUUUCUCAUCUUCGGGACGAUCACAAGGUUGACAUGCAUUCUGGAUGCACGUUUAAUCAUCGUUAUGUAAAGGCUAAUCCGUGCGAAGUUGAAAACGCUACAUGGAUGCUAACCGUCUUCCACUGUUUUGGCCAGUAUUUCUGUCUUCAUUUUGAAGCCUUUCAGCUGGGUAUGGCACCAGUUUACAUGGCAUUUCUCCGAUUCAUGGGAGACGAAACAGAUGCCCGAAACUACAGUUACAGCCUCGAGGUCGGUGGAAAUGGCAGGAAGCUGAUAUGGGAGGGCAAUCCUCGAAGCAUUCGGGACAACCACAAGAAAGUCAGAGACAGCCACGACGGCCUCAUUAUACAACGAAACAUGGCGCUCUUCUUUUCGGGAGGAGAAAGGAAAGAGCUGAAGCUGCGGAUUACGGGACGGAUUUGGAAAGAACAAAAUAAACAGUAAAAUUGUUAGAGAUUCAACUCUUAUGUAUGUGACUGUUAUGCUGCAUAACAUUUGCUUCAACCUUUAUCCAGCAGAAGCCAAUCUUGAAUCAGUUCAUAUUUAUUUUCAAACUAACAAGAAAAGGCCUUAAAACCAUUUCCAAGUCCAA